AGAACGGCAACCAUUCGCUUUGCUUCAGGUUUUUGGUCGACUUAGAAACGCAGAGGCUUGUCCCUUAAUGUCAAAAAUGGAAUAUCCGGCAUCAUACUCUACAGCACGUGAAUUAUGGGAUUUGAAGGAUGGCGAGCAGAAGAUUCCUAUUUGGGUAGAUUGCGAUACAGGGCAUGAUGACGCAUUUGCUAUUUUGCUCGCUGCGCAUUGUCCCAAACUCGAACUGCUCGGUGUGAGUACCGUGCACGGGAAUUCAUCACUCACCAACACGACCCGGAAUACCUUGAGCAUACUCGAGGCAAUUGGGAAGAGGAACAUCGAUGUCUUUCCUGGAGCAGAAAAGCCAUUUUGCAGAGACGCCGCCCACGCUCCAGACAUUCAUGGCGAAAGUGGUUUAGAUGGAACGACCAUCCUGCCCGCGCCAGUGAAGGUAGCAAAAUAUACAGGAACCAACGAAUCGGUUCAAGCCAUGUACCAAGCUUUAUCGUCGACAGUUCGUGGGACAGCGUGGCUCGUUAGCACCGGAGCAUUGACAAAUAUAGCUCUGCUCUUCGCAAUUCAUCCAGCGUUAGCCGACCACAUCGCUGGCUUAAGCGUAAUGGGGGGUGCAAUAGGUGGCUUUUUCACCCACGCGCCGAUUGGCAGAUUGAGACAUCGAGUGCCCCUCAGCAAGAGUUUGAGUCGAAAGUUCCCAGGAGGACUUCCAGACGACUCGAAUCUGUCCAUCAGCGAUGUAGCUAGGCGCUUUAAAUCACUCGGUUUGAUUCAAGAUGGCAGCGAUAUUGAUGACAAGAGAAUUGAGCUUCUGCUUCAAGAAUCGCGGCGAUCUUUCGGGAAUACCACAGAUUAUGCUGAAUUCAACAUCUUUUGCGACCCAGAAGCGGCAUCGUCAAUCUUUUCAAACAAGCGGCUAGCAGCAAAGACCACCUUGAUACCGCUUGACGUCACUCAUCAGGUUUUAGGAAACAGAGAAGUCAUCAAGAUUCUCAGUAACAAUUAUUCCGGGCCCGCGAACAAGUUGGCUGAGUCUGCAGUUCGACAUCUCUUUCUCGAGAUCAUGAUGUUCUUCGCAAGUACAUACGAGCGCGAGUUUGCAAUGUCGGAAGGACCUCCCUUGCAUGAUCCGAUCGCAGUUGCUGCCGCCUUUGCUCCACAGAUGUUCGACGAUAAUGACGGAGAGCGCUUUGAAGUCUUCGUCGUGAAAAGCGGAGGUGAGACACCUUUUCAAUCCGGCAGGAAUACUGAGAACGUAGGUCAAUGCGGAAGGACUAUCGCGAGGAUGGUGCGCAAGGGGGAAAGUGGAGUUAGGAUACCAAGAUCCUUGAGAGUUGGCGACUUUUGGGCUAUGAUUGAGUUGGCAUUACGCGAAGCGGACAAGCUGUCACCGUUAACCUUUAAUUCACUCGCAUAGAUGAAGGAGAGUUAGCCGAAGAGAUGGACAGAUAUGCAAUGUUUUACGCCUUGACUUGAUCUUAGAUAAUGAAAUCUUACGUCCUUGGCCUCGGAUCAAACAAGCUGAAGUCAUGCCUUCGGAGAAGGAGAUGCAUCCUAAAUCCUGAAGCCCAUGCAACAUGUACUCAAUUCUAUUCAAACACCAUAUGUUCAACCCGGUGGUUACAGAUCAGCAAGACAUCAAAG